AUGCAGGUGUUGGGCGCGGCAGUGGUGAACCUGCAAGACAUUCCCUUCGGUCCGGGAGGCUUCGAGUCGGAGUUUCACUUGCAGGACGAAAACGACCGUCCCACGGCCGGGGUCGUCUUCCUCCGCUUCGAAUGGGCGGGCCCUCCCGACGCGGAGGGAGGACCUGGGCUGGAGGGGACCGGCCUCGUCGAGGGGAAGCAGGAGAAAGGUGAGAUCGGGGAUGUCACUGGCACGUUCAUGCUCACGCGGAAACGAUUAAGCAAUCGUAGUAAGGGCGGUAUCGUCUCUUAA